AAAUCCCAUAAAACCAUCGAGACAAAAACCAAAACAAUUUACUUGAGUCCGCGCUGAAAGAACACUCGCCAAAGAACACUCUCCUCGCCGCACCGUGUCAGAUAAAACACCACUUUUUGUCUCGUAUUCGCAAACUCUUCUGUGCUUCACCUCCACUAUUUCAAAAGGCUUUAUCUAAAUUUACAGUAGUUUUGUAAGGUGAUUUUACGUUUCUAGAGGCAGAGUGACAAGAUUUUCCAUCAUUAACUAGGGAAGCAAUGUUGAAAACCCCGCUUGUCAUCUCCGUGGCCUUGGAAAACAGUCGUGGUGAGAGAGCAGAGCGUUUCUGAAUACUCUUAGGGAAGAACAAAUGCACAAGUGACCCUGGAAAGAAAACGAGACCUUCCACAGAAAACGGGCUAGACAGAGUUGCACCAGGGGCCUGAGUUGGCAAGUUGGCUGGCGAGAGAAGGACAGAGAGGACACUUGCCACACGCUGCCACACAUGACUGGCUAGCACCAUUACUUGCGUGUUGGAGUGGCUUGAAGAGAAAAACAAGAAAAGAAAAAGAUAGCUGGAAUCUUCCGCCGCGCACAACAGCUGAUCGGAAGGUGUGGCGUCAGUAAUCAGUCAGUGUGCGGUUCGCCAACUCAGCCAAGUGGAAGCAGGAAGCAGCGAUUGUAUACACACCGCCACAGCUGGAAAUAGUAUACACUGUGGCUCGUGCAGACAUUACUAUUGCCUCCGCGUGACUUCCUGACUCCUUUAGCGGAAGUAACUUUCGUUGUCAGUGUUUGCUGGUGCUGGUGGAGGAAAUAAGGCAGUAGUGCAGAAGACGUGCGAGUGUGUGUGUGUGCGCGUGCGCGCGCUGAGGCCUGAAGUGACGGCGGCAGGAGGCAGGAGUUACAUCACCCCUCAAGAGUGAGCCACUUCCCUUCAGAUGGCCCUGAUGCCAUGAACUGUUUCAACGUGACACCCACGUCCAGUUUUUGCCGCCCACCGUCGGGCCUGCGCCGCAGCCAAGCCUUGAUGACGCCCGUGGCCGGACAGCUGGGCGGCAUGGCGUGAAGGGGGGCGUCCCGUGGCACCGUGACCACGACCAUCAAGUACCACCCCGCCAUGAGUCAUGGAGAGUCGUGUGCGGGUGUGGUGGCCUCGGGUGUGGGUGGCGUGGUCGGCCACAAGAAGCUGCGGCGCAAGAGGAAGGAGCUGGACGCGCUGGUGGCGGAGGACAAGGUGCGCCGCAAGCCCGCCACGGCCUCGCACCACGACCUGCUGCGCUCAGACUCAGAAGACCCUGAAGGGGACUUCUCGGGCGUAGCGGUGUUGGGUAAGCAGAUGAUGGGCGGCCGUGGCGGCCUGUGGGCGUGUCUUCCGGGCGCCUGUACACUGCUACUGCUGCUCACCACACUGGUGGGCGUAGCGGCGGCAUUCCGCCUCCUCAUGCUCACCAGAAGGGACUUGGACGCGCUGCACGCCAGGAUCAGCUCAGUUGAGGCGAGCAGCUCGGAGCUCCCUGCCAAGUUCCACCAGUCUCAUGUGCGGCUUCAGGAGUUGGAGAAGAACCAGAGUGCGCUGUGGGCUGCUGUCACCCAGCUCACCACCUCCCUGGAUGCUGUCACUAAGAGGGUGGACCUCCUGGAAGGCGGAGUGAAGGGCAUCGAGAACUCCCUCAACACUUCACCUCAGCUGUCCUCACUGCCCAAGGAUGUCGCUGCACUUCAGGGAUCCGUGGCAACUUUCGGCUCCUCCCUCACGGAUGCCCAGUCAUCACUGGAGGAGAUCAAGAAGGAGCACGACAAGCUGACGUUGGACGUGAGGGAAGCAGCCAACAUGAUCGAGAGGCUCAAGGAGGACAUCUCUGUGCUGCAAAACCAGACAGUGAUGGAGCAUGGUGGUGGCGGAGGGUCACCUGCCACUCUCGGGGAGAGUGUGUUAGCACUGAAGGAGAAGAUGGAUUCCCUCACCUCCACCAUCACUUCCAUCAAUGCCUCCUUCAGCCAGCAGGCCACCGACACCUCCCUCACCAAUCACAGACUCCAGAGUCUUGAGGAGGCCAGCACCAAUGUGAGUUCCAACCUGAGCCAACGAGUGUCAUCUCUAGAGGCAUGGCACAGCUUGGUAACCCCAGACUUGCCGUCACACAUCACCAAUCUCAGCACUACAGUCGCAUCGCUCCAGGACGCAUCCCUCCUUCAGUCACACGCUGUGCAUAAUCUUACCCAGAGUAUGGAUGUUGUUAAAGGUGUGGAGAAGCGGUUAGAGGGGAGCCAGGUGCAGCUUGCCAGCAGUGUGAGUGAACUCAAGCAGCAGUUACAGAAGGUGGAGAAAACUGUGACCACCAUAAAGGCAGCAGCAGCAGCAGCCACCACCCCAGCCCCUGCUGCACUCCCCACCAAACACACAGCCACAUCCAGAGACUGACAGGAGCCCACUCACCUUCGUCGAAUACGGAGGUAAGAGAAGAGCAGGAGGUCACAGCCGACUGACCAUCUCAUGUGCCAAGAAGAGCCUGUACUAGUCCUCUACCCUCAGCAGACCCCACGCUGUGUGUCCCUCUGCUUCCGGGAGUGUGUGCGUCAGUGCGUCCAUGUGUCGGCCUCAUGAGUUAGUGGCAGGAAGCAACAAGGCAAGUCUCUGCAAGUUGAAAGGAAGCACACAGGAGGAGAACUAAGUCAGAUAUUCGUUUCAGUCUUUCUCAUGUUGAAGGUGGAAUUAUAGAGUGAUUUAAGUCAUUUCUUGGCAGCAUAUUGAAGCAUAAUUCUGUAUAUUGAAGGUUUAAACAUUUUAUAUAUUAUAUUGAUUUUUUUGCUUGUUCAUGUUACUAUCUUUAGAGCUUUUAAGAUGUUUACGAGCCUUUUUAAGUCGUAGUGUUUGUGUGAGUGAGAAGAAUGGAUAGAAUGAGUGAGUGAGAAAUAAUAUUAAAACAUAAAAAUUACACAAAAUGACCACAAACCUUUUAGAUAUUUAGGCAGCUGGUGUGUCAGGAGAUAGUUUUCACAACAAUAUAUCUUUUCUAUUUGUGAGAUCAGCUGAUAACAUUGAAUUUGUACCAAGAAAGUCUCCCUUGAAAACACCAAAUUUGUGAUCCAUUCUCCAUUUGUCAGGUGGUCUUGGGAGGCAACUUGUUCGUAUCUGAGUGAGCCUGUGGUAUAACACUUGUGUGGCUGCUGUAUGUCGGGAAUUUAGCUCCGAUUAUUCAACUACAUAGGAAGACAUUUAUUCAGCAUCAUUAUUUAGAGUUGUAGUAAACAUGCCAAGGUUUGAUAGAUGUGUAAGAGAUUUAGGAACUGUGUGAGGGUGAACUUGGUGAGGUGGGAAUGGAAUUGUUAGUAAACACAAACUUUUAGAUAUUAAUGUACCUUUUUACAUUGGUGCUUUAAGUAUUCAAAAGUAGCCGCAAGACAUUCCAAGCCUUCAGUUUUGUUUGUAGGAGGAGCGUUUUGAAAAGGAAACGUCAAGAUUUGCUUUGCUAACAAAAAGAGAACAGGUCUUUUAAGUGUGAGGUAUUUCAGUAUUGCAAAAUUUUCUUGAAACAUUCCAAGCAUUUAGUUUCAUCUGUAGGAAGAACUUUGAGGAGGAAACGGUAGGAUUUACGUUGUGAAGGAAGAGGGAGAAUAAGAGAGCUGGUCUGCUAGUUAUAGAGGUGCUUCAAAAUUAUUUCACAACAUUCCAAGCUUUUAGUUCUGUUUGCAUGAGAAGUAUUUUGAGAAGAAAGGACUCGGCUUUGCUAAUAUGUGUGUUUGGAGAGAGAGAGAGAGAGAGAGAGAAUAGGAGAGCAGGUCUGUCCUAUCUUCCUCCUCUGUGGCUUGGUGUUGUUUUGAGAACUGCUGUUAGUGGGAGUUAGCGGGAGCAUAGCAUUAGUUUUGUCCGAUGCUCAGUUAGAGAUUCAAAACCCAAGGAGAUUCUAGGUUCCACUGGGCUGAAAUAUUCCUCUCCUGUAGUGUUUAGUAUUAAGAAUAUCAUCAUUGUUUUCCCAUUACGUUGUUGCUCAGUAGUGUCAAGGCUUGUAGUCAGGAAUACAACAGAUAAAGAGGAAUAUUAUAGUUAUUAACUGUAUAGUGAAAGUAUUUUUAGUAAUUUGAGGCUACACCAUUCAUUAUUUUGAAGGUCAUUAGUGUGGAGGACUCAUGAGGCAUUUUUCAUAGUGGCAUAAGAUCAUUUGAUUGUGAUUAUUAGACUGGAAAAGGGACAAUCUUGUUGUUGUGGAUCAUUUGUUUUGGAGGGAAGUUUGAUGGAAAUGAAAGGGAUAGAAGUUUAAGAAAUGUAAUGAAAUGUUCUUGUGCCACUAAAGGAGACUCCAGUCUAGUCAUAAAACAUCACAUUUAGCAAGAUUCAUUUCACAGCGAAGUAUUUGGUAGCCUUGGUGCACCUUGUCGUCAGCCCAGCACAUCCUUAUCUCCUCACAUCCCUCCCCAUCCCUCUCUGGAAACACAGUUCAUAGAUUGUUUAACUUUGUAUAGAUAAGAUGAGAGUGUGGGGCUGGGAGGAACACUGGGUGAAGCAGGAGUUUGUUCUGUAAUGUUUUGGCUGUUGUCUCCUUCAGUUUUUUUUAAUUUUGCAGGAAUUAACAGCCUAACUAGAGAACAUGGUCAUUAUUAUCAACCAAACUAUUUCCUAAAGAUUCUUGAUAGUUGAAAAUAUGUACCUCUUGUGUAGAACCUCAUAGGAGUGAUUAUUCUUUACAGAUUAUGAAUGACAGUGUUGGUUGAUGUGUGAUCCUAAAGCACUCCUGGUUCAUCCUUUGUUGCUUCUCACCCUCACCCUCCCCACACUUCACUUGAACAACUCCAGACUCGGCUCAUGUAAAGCUGAUUCAUCACUUCCCAAGCUCUCUUUACUCACACUUACGAAUAAUGGGAUAGCAUGAAGGUCAGACACCCUUGCUACACUAGGGGCUGUGGUAGGUUAGGUUAUCCUUCACUUGUGUGUACCUUACCUUACCUUGUAUUAUUUUACUGUACCUCACUUUCUCUUAUUUUUUUCUUAUUACUUAACAUACUCUUACCUCACCUCACUUUAUUUUAUUUUCCCCAACCUCACUCAAUUUAAUGCAAAGUUUACAAUAACUUAAUCUAAUCUGACCAAACCUUACCUUACUAUACCCUCCCCUGUCUAGCCCAGCCCAACUCAACCCCAAGUAUAGCCAUCUGUGUAAUGAAUAUGCAAUAAUCCUGAAGGCAAUGCAUUGUCAAGAGUAACCUAGUGAAUAGCAUAGUUGUCUCAUAAUGGAUCAAAGGGAGGAAUCCUCAUCUUGCUAGCUUUUAUGGCCUGAUGGGAGCCAGUGUGUGUUUGUCUGUCAUGGAUUGUGAAGCAAAACUGAUGGAACGUUCCUGAUCUUGCCAUAACAUGUGCCAUAAGGAGACUAGUAGCCUCUUGUGAUCAAACAACACAUUCCCCAAAGAACUGCAUUGAGUGGAAAACAAUUGCACCUAUUCUGUGAAUGAGAGGAGGGAAGAUUUAUUUGAUAAUUUGCCCUUUCAAUAUUUUUGCUUGAAUGGGAUGGAUUUAAGACCUCCACCCCCUUUUUUUUUUUUCUUAUGUAAGAAGGGAAAACUAAGGACAACAAAAAAAAGUCUCACUUUGUUGCCAGUUCCUUUGAAGGUCUGAUAGUUAUCCAAAAGAAAGGGAUAAAUGUCUUGAUACUCCUCUUAAAUGAAGUCAAAUUAUAGGAAGUUGGAAAUGCUUUAUAGCAACUUAGUCAGAAACUUAUAAGGGGGGGAAUAUUCUUUACAGAUUGUGAAAGUUGUGAAAAGAUUGAGUUGGUAAUCAGACCUUUCACUAUUUUUGCACAAACAAUAACAUUGGACCUUGUUGAGUAGAAUAUUAAAGUAAAUUAUUCAGAAACUCAAAAGGGUGAAUAUUCCUUACAAAUACUUGACAAUGUAACUCUUUUAAGCUUUUCACUAAGAUGACAGUAGUGAAGCAGACCGACACAUUCAGUCCUGUGUGGAGCCUUUCAAAAUUCUGAUGCUGCUGGUGAUGACAAUGUGGUGGCGGUGGUGGUGGUGAUUUUCCAGUAUAGUUUUGUGUGCGUUGGUCAUAACUAUAUUUGCUCAAUAAAGUUUGUUUUGCCAUUUAUAUUAAUACUGCAGAGUUUAAUGACUAUUACAAUGAUAAAGGAUUUGAUAGUAAGUUUUUGAAGAGUUUACCACAAUCUGUAAUGUAUAGAUUAUUAUUAUUGAUGUACAUGUUCAUAAUAAUUUUAUAUAUACAUUAAUAUAAUUCACUAUCUUUUAUUACAAAUGGAGCCAAAGUGUGAUGAAGUGACACUCUUUACAAACACACACUUCUGAUUCACUUAUUGUUCUACUCACAGUGAG